AUGCUUUCAAAUUUUUCUAGGAACAUCAGAUCUCCUGUUUCACGAGCUGCUUUGCAAGCUGUGAGAUACAACUCCAAUGCUAAGAUUUCCGGUCAAGUUAUCGGUAUCGAUUUAGGUACCACCAACUCCGCCGUUGCCGUCAUGGAGGGAAAGAGCCCAAAGAUCAUUGAGAACGCUGAAGGUGCUAGAACCACUCCCUCCGUCGUUGCUUUCACCAAGGAAGGUGAGAGACUGGUUGGUGUUGCUGCCAAGAGACAGGCUGUUGUCAACCCAGAGAACACUUUGUUUGCCACCAAGAGAUUGAUUGGUAGAAGAUUCGAGGACGCUGAAGUUCAAAGAGAUAUCAAGCAAGUUCCAUACAAGAUCGUCAAGCACACCAAUGGUGAUGCUUGGCUGGAGGCCAGAGGUGAAAGAUAUUCGCCUUCCCAAAUUGGUGGUUUCGUUCUGAACAAGAUGAAGGAAACCGCUGAGGCCCAUUUAGGUAAGCCAGUUAAGGAUGCCGUUGUUACCGUCCCUGCUUACUUCAACGACUCUCAGAGACAGGCCACAAAGGAUGCCGGUGCUAUUGUUGGUUUGAAUGUUGCUCGUGUUGUUAAUGAGCCAACUGCCGCCGCCUUGGCUUACGGUCUGGAAAAGACUGAUGCUAACGUUGUCGCCGUUUUCGAUUUGGGUGGUGGUACUUUCGAUAUCUCCAUCUUGGACAUUGAUAACGGUGUGUUCGAAGUCAAGUCUACCAACGGUGACACCCAUCUAGGUGGUGAGGACUUUGACAUUGCUUUGGUCAGAUACAUUGUUGACGCCUUCAAAAAGGAAUCUGGUAUUGACUUGCACGACGACAGAAUGGCUAUCCAAAGAAUCAGAGAAGCUUCCGAGAAGGCUAAGAUCGAAUUGUCUUCUGCCGCUUCUACUGAAGUCAACUUGCCUUUCAUCACCGCUGACGCUUCUGGCCCAAAACACAUUAACUUGAAGAUGUCCAGAUCUCAAUUGGAGCAAUUGGUUGAUCCACUUAUCAAGAGAACCGUUGAGCCAGUUAAGAAGGCUUUGAAAGAUGCCAGCUUGUCAACCUCUGAUGUUUCUGAAGUCAUUUUGGUUGGUGGUAUGACCAGAAUGCCAAAGGUCGUGGAAACAGUUAAGCAGCUGUUCGGUAAGGAGCCUUCCAAGGCUGUUAACCCAGAUGAGGCCGUUGCAAUUGGUGCUGCCAUUCAAGGUGCUGUUUUGUCUGGAGAGGUCAAGGACGUUCUAUUGUUGGAUGUCACUCCUCUAUCCUUGGGUAUCGAGACCUUGGGUGGUGUCUUCACUAGACUGAUUCCAAGAAACACUACUAUUCCAACCAAGAAAUCUCAAGUAUUCUCUACUGCCUCAUCUGGUCAAACCUCUGUUGAAAUCAGAGUUUUCCAAGGUGAGAGAGAGUUGGUACGUGACAACAAAUUGAUCGGUAACUUCACUUUGGCUGGUAUUCCACCUGCUCCAAAGGGUGUUCCUCAGAUUGAGGUCACUUUCGACAUUGACGCAGAUGGUAUCAUCAACGUUUCUGCUAAGGACAAGGCCUCCGGUAAGGACAACUCUAUUACUGUGGCUGGUUCUUCUGGUCUUUCCGAAUCUGAAAUCGAGAAGAUGAUCAACGACGCUGAGAAGUUUGCCGAAGAGGACAAGGUUAGAAAGGAGGCUAUUGAGACUGCCAACAGAGCUGACCAGUUGUGUAACGAUACUGAGAACUCUUUGAACGAGUUCAAGGAUAAGGUUGACAAGACCGAGGCCGAGGAGAUUUCCAAGAAGAUCUCUGAGUUAAAGGAGAUUAUUGCCAAGGUUAACAGUGGCGAGGCUAUCGAAGCUGCCACUGUUAAAGAGAAGACCGAAGACCUUCAAAACGCUUCUUUGAAGUUGUUCGAGAAGAUGUACAAGGACAACGCUUCCUCAUCUGGUUCUGAAGAGCCAAAGAACUAG